AAAGUUUUAGUAUCUAAUCUAAACCCACUCUCGAUUUAAAUCUGUUACCUCUUGUCCUAUCGCUAUCACACGGGCCUUUGUAAAAAGUCCCUCUCCAGCUCUCCUGUAGGCUGUCUUUAGGUGCUGGAAGGUGCUGUAGGGUCUCCCCAGAGCCAUAAUGCUCAUUUUUCAAGGGUGAAAAAAAGUGCUCCCCCACUGCUCGCUAAGAAGAAAAGGCCAGGAAAUUCAGGAGCAACUGGUCAUGGUCGAGCUAUCAGGAAUUAUUGAUUCAGACUUCUUAGAAAAAUGUGAAAACAAGUGCAAGAUUUUGGGAAUAGAGACAGAGAGGCCCAUUUUACAAGUGGACAGAUAUGUAUUUGCAGGAGAAUAUGAAGAUACCUUGGGAACCUGUGUGGUUUUUGAAGAAAACACAGAGCAAGUAGAUGCAGAAGGCAACCAAAAAGUACAGCUGAAAUACAAGUGCCACACAGUGAAGAAGUUGAACAUGACACGGACCCUUCUGUCAGAAAAGAAGGAAGGAGAAGAGAAUGUUGGUGGAGUAGAGUGGUUGCAGAUCAAGGACAGAGAUUUUUCCUACAGCAGGCCUAAUAUGAUUUGCAGUUUUCUGCCUGAAAAGGAUGAUUCUGAGGAGUCAGUUCAGGCCCAAGAUAAAUUGACUGAAGAGUCAGAGGGAGAGGUGAGCGGCAAAGGAAAUUCUAACAUGAGCUGUGACCUGGAAAAGCAGCAAACCUUGGAAAUAGAUGCCCCUAAUCCUCUGCCUGACAGCUCUACUGCUGGGGCAGAGGAAACUCCUUCUGGAGAUGCUGCCUUAGAGGAGAAUGUACCUCCAUGAUAUUAACUUUGAUAUUUUCAGGAUUUCUUCAUGGAAUUAAUGGGCCAACUUUUAUAAGCUGUGACAUGGUUUCCACCUUAUCUGAGAAAUAAAUAGUGUAAAAACAGACAUGA